GCAUCAUUGUGUCCGGCGCCGGCUCCCGGGACACGACACAGCGCACGCCCGAACCGCGGCGCGUUCGAGAGGUUGUGAGCGGCUUUGCAUGAGGUGGAGGAGGAUGGGGGCACUGCACGUCGGCGAGCCGCGGGUCAGCUUCGAGCAGCAGCAGCAGCAGGUCGGCAAGAACGGGCAGCAAGGCGGGGGUGGCCAUGGCCAUGGAGCUGUGGUGGAGGAGAUACACGGGCUCAUCAGGGUUUACGGGGACGGGUACGUGGAGCGCCUGCCGGCGAUCCCCGACGUGCCCUGCACGUGGGGCACCACGGCGCUGCCGGGCGUCGUCGUUGCGCGGGACGUGGUGGUGGACCGUGCCACGGGGGUGUGGGCGCGGCUGUACGCGCCGGCGGCGGCGGGGAGGGUCCCCGUGGUGGUGUACUUCCACGGCGGCGGGUUCUGCGUCGGCUCCGCUGCGUGGAGCUGCUACCACGAGUUCCUCGCCAAGAUGGCCGCGCGGGCGGGCUGCGCCGUGAUGUCCGUCGACUACCGCCUCGCGCCGGAGAACCGCCUCCCGGCGGCGUUCGACGACGGGGUCACGGCGGUGCGGUGGCUGCGGCAGCAGGCGGCGAUCUGCAACGGUGCCAUCUCCGACGAGCUCUCCUGGUGGCGCGGCCGCUGCCGCUUCGACCGUGUGUUCCUCGCGGGCGACAGCGCGGGGGCCACCAUCGCCUUCCACGUCGCCUCGCGGCUCUCUCAUCUCGGAGCCCUCACCCCGCUCGACGUCAAGGGAGCCAUCCUGAUCCAGCCCUUCUUCGGCGGCGAGGCCCGCACCGCCUCCGAGAAGACCACGACGCAGCCGCCAGGCUCAGCCCUGACGCUCUCGACCUCGGACACCUACUGGCGCAUGUCCCUCCCCGCCGGCGCCACCCGCGACCACCCCUGGUGCAACCCGGUCACCGGCCGGGGCGCGCCGCGUCUAGACGCACUGCCGCUCCCCUCCUUCCUGGUGUGCAUCUCCGAGCAGGACAUCCUCCGCGACCGCAACCUGGAGCUCUGCCGUGCGCUGCGCAAGGCCGGCAAGAGCGUGGAGCAGGCCACGUACGGCGGCGUCGGCCACGCGUUCCAGGUGCUCAACAACUACCACCUUUCCCAGCCGCGGACGCAGGAGAUGCUCGCCCACAUCAAGGCCUUCGUCACCGCCAGAUAGCCCCAGCCAAUGGCUGAGCUAGCUGACACUCGCCGUGUCACGCUAAUUAACCCGUCCUAAUUCAUCCAUCCAACCAGCUGUUGCUGCAGAUGAGUAGAUGCCGUGUAAGCUGUAAAUUACUAUACUUUUGUAGUAGGUGUCCGUGUCACCCAGGGAGAGACGAAGAUUAGAAGCGUCCAAAUACUCAACUUGGAUCGUCGUGGCGGUGUAGGGAAGGGAAGCAAAAGCCCUAGCACAAAAACAACACUGCUGCUGUGCUACGAUGUUGUUGCUCCAUGUAUCAUUCGUGUUCAUGAUAUACUUAAAAGUAAGUUGUGGAUACUGUUUUCAAA